AGGUUACAGUUUAAUCGUAUUUGACUUGGGGCAACCACGUGUUUGCUGAGAGAGAGAGGGCGAGAGAGAGAGAUUUGGAUGGGAGAGCUUUCUUCUCAGACUGUCUUCAUCAGCAUGAAUGUUUUGACAGAUCAAGACGUGCAAAAGUACAGGGAUGAGGGCUAUCUGGUGCUGGAGGGCCUUCUGUCCCCAGAGGAGUGUGAUGCUUUACGGGAACGAAUGAGUGAGAUUAUUGAGCAGAUGGAUGUUCCUGAACACUGCAGGAUACAGUUCUCAACUGACCACGACGAGCAGCUUAAAAAACAGAUGCAGGGAAGUGCAGACUAUUUCAUCACAAGUGGAGACCAGAUCCGUUUCUUCUUUGAGAAAGGAGUGUUUGAUGAUAAAGGAGAGUUCAUCGUGCCAAAAGAACAUUCCUUGAAUAAAAUCGGACAUGCUCUCCACGCUUAUGAGCCGCUGUUUAAAGCGGUCACCCACUCUCCCAAAGUUCAAAACCUGGUUAAGAAACUCGGCCUGAUAUAUCCAGUGAUUCUGCAGAGUAUGUACAUCUUUAAGCAACCAGGGAUUGGUGGAGAAGUGACCCCUCACCAAGACGCCACCUUCCUUCACACGCAGCCUCUGGGAAGAGUGAUGGGCGUGUGGAUCGCUCUGGAAGAUGCUACGCUGGAGAACGGCUGUCUGUGGUUCAUACCGGGAUCACACCACGAUGGGAUUACCAGACGAAUGGUGCGGACACCUAAAGGCACGUUUCCUCUGACUGAUUUCAUUGGCCGAGAGAAGACACACGACGACAAGCUCUUCGUUCCUGCUCCUGUUAAAAAAGGUGGAGCGGUUCUGAUUCACGGUGAAGUCGUCCACCGCAGCGCUGCAAACACAUCUGACGCCUCACGCCACGUUUACACCUUUCACAUCAUGGAGUCUCAAAACACCGUUUGGAGUCCCGAGAACUGGCUACAACCAACAGAAGAGCUGCCCUUCCCGUCCCUCUACACCUAAAGACAGAAACAACACCAAAACAGGCCUGAUAACGUUACCAGUGACCCUGAAGAGAUAUCAGCUCAGUCAUGUGACCAUGAGCCUUUUAAUGUCUGGACCAAUACUCACACAUUUAAAUAUGAAGAUUCGUAAAUGGGCCAAAAACAUCUUUCUUGGCAUAAAAUCAUUUUGAAUCAGCUGUAUAUUUUAUCUACAACCACAACAGUGGCUUUUAAUAAAAGGCUAGUUUUUUUUAA